GGAGAGUGGCUCUUGUGGCAGCGCCGUGCGUGGCUCAGAAGAAUGGACAUAAAGGACAGGAGGCACCGCUCGCUGACCCGGGGCCGCUGUGGGAAGCAGUGCCGCUACACGAGCUCCUCGCUGGACAGCGAGGACUGCAGAGUGCCCACCCAGAAGUCCUACAGCUCCAGUGAGACCCUGAAAGCGUAUGACCACGACACCAGGAUGCACUAUGGAAACAGAGUGUCUGACCUGGUGCACAGGGAGUCGGAUGAGUUUCCCAGACAAGGAACAAACUUCACCCUUGCAGAGCUAGGGAUCUGCGAGCCCUCUCCGCACCGGAGCGGCUACUGCUCGGACAUGGGGAUUCUGCACCAGGGCUAUUCCCUGAGCACGGGCUCCGACGCCGACUCGGACACGGAGGGAGGGAUGUCCCCGGAGCACGCCAUCAGGCUCUGGGGCAGAGGCAUCAAAUCCAGGAGGAGCUCCGGCCUCUCGAGCCGUGAGAACUCGGCUCUCACGCUCACCGACUCCGACAACGAGAACAAGUCAGACGAGGAAAAUGGUCGUCCCAUUCCACCUACAUCCUCGUCCAGCCUUCUCCCAUCUGCUCAGCUGCCCAGUUCUCAUAAUCCUCCACCCGUUAGCUGCCAGAUGCCAUUGCUAGACAGCAACACGUCCCAUCAAAUCAUGGACACCAAUCCUGAUGAGGAGUUCUCUCCUAACUCAUAUCUGCUGAGAGCGUGUUCAGGGCCACAGCAGGCUUCCAGCAGUGGCCCUUCAAAUCAUCACAGCCAGUCAACGCUGAGGCCACCUCUCCCUCCUCCUCACAACCAUUCCCUGUCCCAUCACCAUUCCUCUGCCAACUCCCUCAACAGGAACUCUCUCACCAAUCGGCGGAACCAGAUCCACGCGCCCGCCCCGGCACCCAACGACCUGGCCACGACCCCCGAGUCGGUGCAGCUGCAGGACAGCUGGGUGCUCAACAGCAACGUCCCGCUCGAGACCAGGCAUUUCUUGUUUAAGACAUCUUCUGGAACUACUCCGCUGUUCAGUAGUUCUUCCCCUGGUUACCCGUUGACCUCAGGAACGGUUUACACUCCACCUCCCAGGCUCUUACCUAGAAACACAUUCUCCAGGAAUGCAUUCAAGCUGAAAAAACCCUCCAAGUACUGUAGCUGGAAAUGUGCUGCUUUAUCUGCAAUUGCUGCUGCAGUCCUGCUUGCCAUCUUGCUAGCAUAUUUCAUAGCCAUGCAUCUCCUGGGGCUCAACUGGCAGCUGCAGCCGGCCGAGGCUCCGACCUUCAACAACGGGCUGCGCCCGCCCGGCGAGGACGGCCCGCCCGCGCCCCCUGCCGGCAGAGGACCAUGGGUCACUAGGAAUAGCAGCAUAGAUAGUGGAGAAACAGAAGUUGGCCACAGGGUCACCCAGGAGGUGCCCCCUGGAGUUUUUUGGAGGUCUCAGAUUCAUAUCAGCCAGCCACAGUUCCUGAAGUUCAACAUAUCCUUAGGGAAGGAUGCUCUUUUUGGUGUUUAUAUAAGAAGAGGACUCCCACCAUCACAUGCCCAGUAUGAUUUCAUGGAGCGAUUGGAUGGCAAAGAGAAGUGGAGUGUGGUGGAGUCUCCUCGGGAGCGUCGGAGCAUCCAGACCCUUGUCCAGAACGAGGCUGUGUUUGUUCAGUACCUGGAUGUGGGUUUGUGGCACCUGGCCUUCUACAACGACGGCAAGGACAAAGAGGUGGUCUCCUUCAGUACAGUCAUUUUGGACUCGGUGCAAGACUGCCCACGUCAUUGCCAUGGGAAUGGCGAGUGUGUGUCAGGUGUCUGCCACUGUUUUCCAGGAUUUCACGGAGCAGAUUGUGCUAAAGCUGCCUGCCCGGUUCUGUGCAGUGGCAAUGGUCAGUACUCCAAAGGCACCUGCCUGUGCUACAGUGGCUGGAAAGGUCCAGAGUGUGAUGUGCCCAUCAGCCAGUGUAUUGACCCCUCAUGUGGAGGUCAUGGUUCCUGCAUCGAAGGGAACUGUGUCUGUUCUGUGGGCUAUAAAGGAGAAAACUGUGAGGAAGUGGACUGCCUGGACCCCACGUGCUCCAGCCACGGGGUGUGUGUGAACGGGGAAUGUCUGUGCAGCCCGGGCUGGGGAGGUGCGAGCUGCGAGCUGCCCAGAGCGCAGUGCCCGGAGCAGUGCAGCGGCCACGGCUCCUUCCUGCCCGACACGGGGCUCUGCACCUGUGACCCCAACUGGAUGGGCCCCGACUGCUCUGUCGAAGUGUGCUCCGUGGACUGCGGCACGCACGGCGUGUGCAUCGGCGGGACGUGUCGCUGCGAGGAGGGCUGGACCGGAGCGGGCUGUGACCAGCGUGUGUGCCACCCCCGCUGCACGGAGCACGGGACUUGUAAAGAUGGGAAGUGUGAAUGCAGAGAGGGCUGGAAUGGGGAGCACUGCACCAUUGGUAGGCAAACGACAGGCACCGAAACAGGCACAUAUUGCUUUCUUUUCAUAAAUCGUAGAGACAUAGUUACUGUCGUGGACUGUAAUGGGCUGUUCCCUUAAGGACCCAAGUGCUCUCAGAUAUCAACCCUGACUCAAAAUGUGUUGAGGGAAAUGCAGAUAGGCUCUUGGAAUCAUUUCAAAUCGGUAACAAACCGGU